CCAAUUUCACCCGAUACUCCAAACCUUUGUCCUAAAAGGGCUUUGGUGCUCAACUGCGAACCCAACGCCCUGCAAAGGGGUGUCAUUCUUUUGGGAACUCGGCCGGCGUACUAUUCGUGUCACAUCACUGUCUGGAGAAUUGGAUGUGACUGGCGCAUUGCGGCAUGAGUGGACCUUACGACCAUGGCAUGAAUAUGCCAACAUCUAAUAUGGUGGACCCAACAUAUCCUGUGUACAAUGGCAACUUCAACGCAGUGUAUCCCAGAUUGGCUGGGCCUGCGACGCAUUUCGAUGGGGUUGCUUUCUGGUAUAACCCAAACAACACCGAUCAGCUCUACGAUAGAGACCAGAAUAUAUACACUGGGCGUGGCGGCGCCCAGCAGGUGAGUAGCAUGGAGUCAUCUGCAAGCGUGAAGCACCGAAGAACCCGGAGUGGAUGUUUUACGUGCCGCAGCAGACGGGUCAAAUGUGAUGAAACCAGGCCAAUCUGUGACAGAUGUAGGAAGGGCAAUAGAGAGUGCGAGUUCCCACAGCCAACGUCAUCCUCCAAGCACUCCAAACACGACAAGACUCGGAGUCCUAAAGAUCAUACCACAAAGCAAGAAAAGGACGACUCCACGUCGGGCCUAGCCACUAUCAAGGACGAAAGUGAAGAGGACGAUGAUAUGCCUACUUCUCCCGAACCUUCGGAGCGCGCAACGCCUGCGCGAAAGCGGACCGACAGCACUCUGCCAGCUAGACAGAACAGGAUAUCAAAAGCAACAGCAGAGACGCCUCCUAACAUCAGAGACCCAACCAGCCCGCAGUCUACCGACAUGUCAGACACGCAUUCUAGAGACGACACCCCUGCAUCAUCGCUCCGGACUACGACGAACUCAGCAGAGAUGCAGGCCCGACAAGCAAAAAUACGAUCGUUGAAACCUGAUUUACAGCGGUAUCUACAAUUCCAGCAAGAGUACAUGACAUACUACCACUAUUUCUUCAAGCUCGAUCCCACCGAUUUUGUACACGGCGAACUCAUCGAUCUUGCACUGACCUACGAACCGUUGUUGUACGCCGUCGUCGGCUUUGCGGCAUAUCAUUACGAGCUCCAGCAGCCCAACCCGAAACUCUCGCACUUUCUCAGUUACCACUCCAAGUCUGUAUCCAUGUUGAGAAAGUCCCUGGAGAAGAAUUCCAAGGUGUCCGAAGCCACGUUACUGGCCGUGUUACAAUUGGCAAUAUUUGAAGAAUAUAUUGGGGACUGGGUGAACCUUGUAGGCCACCACCGAGCAGCUUACACGAUGGUCUUGGAGCUCUUCGACCACGACUCGAUCCACGAAACCGAUCUUGGAAGGCGGAUUUUCAGUUGGUAUGCUCGCUUGGAUGUCAUGGUGGGCCUCAUGGCGGGCACUGAAACGAGGCUGGACCGCCAGUGGUACGCGGCCAAUUCGCUUUGGUAUAAGCAGCAGAUCGACGAUGACCCAGACAGCGAUGUGGAUAUUGAAAACACGGUGGCAUACUUUGUCGCAGCGAACCGUCUGCUCGGCAUGGAUAUGGCUGCGCUUUUCGCCAAAAUUCAGAAACAGGAGAUUGGAAUUGCAGAUUUUCAAGCAGAAAACGCCGCGAUCAUCGCACGACGCGACGACAUGAAACGACACAUUCAGUCAUUUAACGAUGAUUAUUACAGGGUCAAGGAGUUUCCCAUCGAAGCGAUCCGUCCGCUGAACGAGCAGGAUAUCGUCAACCCAUACACGCCUGGCGGUCUGUUCAAGGACGCGCUAUGGCCCCUCAACUUCAUGUGGCUCGAUUGGUACGGUAUUGAGCUCAUGCAAACAUACCAGACGGCGAUGUUGUUACAGCAGCCCGUUCCACCUGUGCUGGAGCAGAUAAGUUUGGAGACAUGUCGAAUUUACGAAGCCAUCGACCGGUGGCCCGAAGCGCCAAACGGGGCCAUUCUUGGCGCGCACGCCAGCUUGGGUAUUGGGAUCGUCUUCCUCCAAAAGGAUGCCAAACACGUCAUGUGGGCGCGGCGGAAACUUGCCACGAUCGAAAGGGCAGGAUAUGUGUUCCCACCCGCGUUCCGGAAGAGGAUGGCGGAGAUGUGGGGUUUGACGCGCAGUCUGGCGGGCGACAAUUCCAUCGAGGACUGGUGGCUGCCCAAUAACGAAGGGAACGUGCGCAUGUUGACCGAGAUCCGUAGGGUCGUGACCGAACGGCAGGCUUUGGACAACACGAACGACAGCGAGACCCUGGCCAGCGUGCGCGACCUCAAGACGUUGUUCGCCAAGAUGGACAUGCGCACGCAGUCGGCAGAUGCUGGAUCCGGUAGCGAAAAUUUCAGUCCCACGAGUGACUCGGAAAGUGUCGAGCGUGGAAGUAAUAUCAGUCUGAGCCCGACGAGCCUGAGCUUCGCCGGCAGCGUGGACGGUCGCGCGUCGAACGCGAGUACUACACCUAAAGGAUCGACUGCUGGGGGCCGGCACAAGAGGAAGCCGAAACGGGGGAAUUCGUUGUUCUGAGCAGGAGUUCGCACGCACAAGCUAAGAUGAAAUCUGAACGUCCGGCCUAUGGUCCAUCUACGAUAUUAUGAUGAUACCGAGCUAUAAUGAGCAAGGCAAGGGCAAACCGAAGCGAAUCACGUUGACUUAAAAUCAAGGAAAGACCGAUCAUCUCACACAUCGUGGACGUAUCAAAAUACUUUUCGGGCGGGUGGGAUAUCAUUCACGCCCUCCGCCUAUACCUCGAAGCUGCUUCAGCACGAGUUCAGCCUUGAAGACUGGAUAACGUACAGUUUGUGAGGACGGAAAAUUCAUCCGGCAUAUUCUACGGACUAUGAGCAGGCCCGGUAUAGAAACAACGAGUCAAGGGCACUCUAUGUGAAGAAACGAGAUAGAACACAUGAAUCCAAUGCUUCAACGUUAGCAAGCUCGG